CAACUCCCAAUCCCAUCUGCAUUCCAUAAGUUCUCUACCCCAGACAACAAGAUCUUUCUUCCCUAUACUAACCAAGUUCCUCUGCUCCUCUUUUAGUCUGGUUCAAGUUCACCGCGAAAAAGCCCAGUAACGAAUUUUAUUUUACCAGGUCUCCCUCUGUUUCUACUCUUAUUUUACCCCACUUUUAUAAAUGUCACUCAUUCAGAUAGAUAGAAAGUGGGAAAGCAAGAAGGGUUCUUGUGAAGGAGGGGAUCCGAUCUUUCCUUUUCGCGUUGAAUUCUCAUAUAGCUUUUUCGUGUGACACAGUUGGUGAGAGAGAAAAAAGGAAAGCAAGGAAAGCAUAAGAGGAAGAAGAAGCAGCAGAAAGAAGAAGAAGAAGAAGAAGAAGAAGAAGAAGAAGUAGAGAGCUAUAGCUUUCUCCAUUGAUUUUUUGUAGUUGUAAAAAAAAAAGCAUCCUUUUUUGGUUAAGAUUAGUUUUAUUCUUUCUUUCUACCUUUACCCAUCAGACCCUGAAAAUGCAGAUUUGUCUAAUUUGAAAAACCAAAGGCAUCCAUCCACACCUGGACCUGUAACCAUUUUCCCAUUGGUGGGGCUACUCCAAUUCCUGAUAAGCUUCAAUUUUUUUGAUUUCAUAUCUCUCGAUACCCAACUCAUCAACACCCCUGCAACUAAGCUCUCAAAGAGAGAAUCCAAAAGACUGGAAUCUUUGAUCAAGAAAUGAGAGCAGGCCUGAGCACUAUCCAGCAAACCUUAACGCCGGAGGCCUCCAGCGUUUUGAACCACUCGAUCGCCGAAGCGGGUCGUCGCAACCACGGCCAGACCACGCCCCUUCAUGUUGCUGCAACUCUUCUCUCAUCCCCCACCGGCUUCCUCCGCCAAGCAUGCAUCAAAUCACACCCCAAUUCCUCCCAUCCUCUCCAGUGCAGAGCCCUCGAGCUCUGCUUCAGUGUCGCCCUCGAGCGUCUCCCCACCGCCCAGAACAUGAGCCCCGGCAUGGAGCCGCCCAUCUCCAAUGCCCUCAUGGCCGCCCUAAAGCGGGCCCAGGCCCACCAGCGCCGCGGCUGCCCUGAGCAGCAGCAGCAGCCGCUCUUGGCAGUCAAAGUCGAGCUGGAGCAGCUCAUCAUCUCUAUUCUCGAUGACCCGAGUGUCAGUCGGGUCAUGCGGGAAGCCAGUUUCUCUAGUCCGGCGGUGAAGGCCACCAUAGAACAGUCUCUAAACUCUUCUUCGUCCGCGGCGGCGGUGGCAGCGGCCUCCACCGCCGCCGCGAACUCCUCCCCAAUCGGAUUGGGGUUCCGACAGUCGGCGGCGGCGGCGCCAGCUGGUCGAAAUAUGUACCUGAAUCCCCGGCUGCAGGGGCAGAACCGAGGGGAGGAGGUUAAGAAAGUUGUUGAUAUAUUGUCAAGAGGGAAGAAGAGAAAUCCGGUAUUGGUCGGCGAUUCGGAGCCGGAAGCCGUGACGAAGGAGCUGUUCCGGCGGAUUCAGAGCGCGGAAUUAGGAGAAGGGCAGUUGAAAAACGUGGAGAUAGUUCAUUUGGAGAAGGAGUUCUCUUGUUCCAUGUUGGGGAAGAUGAAAGAUUUGAUGUCAUUAGUGGAGGCACGGAUGAAUGGGAGAGGGGUGAUUCUUGAUUUGGGGGACUUGAAAUGGCUGGUGGAGCAGCCUGUUAGCUUGGGAGGGCCUGGUCCGCCGGGCUCCGGUGGCCAACAGGUGGUUUCGGAGGCGGGGCGGGCGGCGGUGGCGGAAGUGGGGAAGGUGUUGGGGAGGUUUGGGGAGGGCGGUGUUAAUGGCGGCGGCAGGCUCUGGUUGAUAGGGACUGCUACUUGUGAGACGUAUUUGAGGUGCCAAGUGUAUCAUCCUUCCAUGGAAUCCGACUGGGAUCUGCAGGCAGUGCCGAUUGCUGCCAGGACGCCGCUUUCGGGAUUGUUUCCCAGGAUGGGGCCGACGAACGGGAUUCUUAGCAGCUCAGUUGAAUCUUUGUCUCCACUGAAAGGCUUUCCAACUGCUCAGCCAAGACUUGUGGCUGAGAACUUGGAUCCUCUGCGAAGAACAAGCUGUUGCCCGCAAUGUACAGAAACUUGUGAGCAAGAAGUAGCAAGUUUGGUUGCGAAGGAGUCUGAGAAAUCAUCUUUUGAAUCGAAAUCAGAAGCAGCUCGAACUGCAUUACCACAGUGGUUGCAGAACGCUAAAGCCCAGGACAGUAAUGUCAAAACUUCAGAUCAGUUGCAGACCAAGAAUCAAGAUCAGACCCUGAAUCAGAAGACUCAAGAAUUACGAAAGGAAUGGAAAAAUACAUGCAUGCGCCUUCAUCCUAAUUUUCAUCAGCAGAGUUUCAGCUCAGAGAUAAUUGCUCCAAAGCCUCUCUCAAUCACUGGAAUGUACAACAUGAACUUGCUUGGUCGCCAAACUUUCCAACCAAAAUUGCAACCAAACAAAAGCUUUGGGGCUCUGCAAUUGAACACAAAUCUACAAACUAGCAAAUUAUCUGAACGUGCAGCAGUUUCGCAUCCACGAAGCCCUGUGAGGACGGAACUGGUUCUUGGUCAAAAAGAAGUCACUGAAACCACCACUCCCGAGCAAAUGCAUGAGGAGCGCGUCAAAGACUUUUUUGGCUGCACGCCUUCUGAACCACAGAUCAAGGUACUCGAAAGGCAAACAGAUGAUAAGCAAUUGUGCAAAUUGGAUGCUGAUUCAUUCAAAAAGCUAUACAAGGGUUUGAUGGAGGUCUGGUGGCAGCAGGAAGCAGCCACUGCUGUUGCUUCAACAAUAACCAAUUGUAAGUUGGGUAAUGGAAAGAGGCGUGGUGCCGGAGCAAGGGGAGACAUGUGGUUGUUGUUCAUGGGUCCGGACAGUGUUGGCAAGAAGAAGAUGGCAUCAGCUCUUUCGGAAAUGGUUUCUGGGUCCACCCCGGUGAUCAUCUCUCUUAACAAUAAACGUGGUAGUUGGGAUUCAGAUACGAGUUUUCGUGGAAAAACGGUUGUGGACAGAAUAGCAGAGGCAGUUAGGAGGAACCCCUUCUCUGUAAUCAUGAUUGAGGACAUUGAUGAAGCAGAUAUGAUAGUUCGGGGGAGUAUAAAACGGGCAAUGGAUAGAGGUCGUCUUGCCGACUCUUAUGGCCGUGAAAUCAGUCUUGGAAAUGUCAUGUUUAUACUCACUGCAAUUUGGUUGCCAGAAAAUAUGAAACACUUAUCAAACGGCAAUGCACAUGAAGAAAAGCUCGCGUGUAUAGCUAGGAGUAAUUGGCAGUUAAAACUAUCACUUUGUGGAAGAAGUGCAAAACGGCGAGCGACAUGGUUACAGAGUGAUGAAGACAGAGCCACAAAGCCUAGAAAUGAUGCUGGUUAUGGACUAGGAUUCGAUCUAAAUGAAGCUGCUGAUGUUGAGGAUGACAGAACAGAUGGCUCACUUAAUUCAAGUGAUCUAACAGUUGAUCAUGAAGAUGAGAAUCGCCUCAAUAACAGGUCAUUGUUCACAAGUACGCGUUCAUCAGUACCAAGGGAAUUGCUUGAUUCUGUUGAUGAUGCCAUUGUGUUCAACCCAGUGGACUUCAACCCCAUUCGGAAAAACAUCACAAACUCAAUCACGAGAAGAUUCUCAACAAUCAUGGGCGACAGGAUUCCCUUUGAAGUGCAAGAUGAUACUGUUGAAAAGAUCCUUAGUGGGAUAUGGUUAGGCAAGACCGGCUUAGACGAAUGGACAGAAAAGGUUCUAGUUCCGGGCCUCCAACAGCUGAAGUCUCGCCUAGGUGUGACCCUCAAUGAGUCCAUGGUUGUUAGACUUGAAGCUGAUGGAGAUUCGGGUUGCUGGAGACAGGGAGAUUGGCUGCCUAGUAGCAUCAAUGUGGUGGCUGACGGAUUAAGACAAUGAUAAAUAGUUGGGGAGUGGAGGGUAUAGUUCAUAAUGUAUGUAAAUAUGAUCGAAGGUUUGGCGGGUAAUCAGCUACACAUUUGGUAUUGGGAGGGUAAAGAAAAGAACCUUACGAGUGGAAAGAGGCCAUGAGAACCAACCAGACGAUGCUCUCCUCUUUCUUCUAGCCUUUUUUUUUUUGGAAAUUUAAAUUAUAAUUUUUUAAAUUUACUCAAUGCUUCAAGCCCCAAAAGUUUAUAGUGUCUAUAAUGAUGAAUAUAUUUAUCAAAUACAUCGACAUUGAUCAAUAAAGAUGAGGCAUUCCUCCA